UUGGGUGUCGUGGUGGGACGCGGUUGUGGCUCCUGGUGCCAUUUGCCUUGGGAUCUUGCUUGGCUCUUCUCACACCUUCCAAGCGCGCGGCUGCAGGGGGAGAAACUUUGGGUGUGGGGCGGCACGGAAAGGGUUGGCUGCUUUGUUAGGGGCGGUGGGCGAGGCGGGAUGAGGGGAGACCUCGACGGCCUGAGACUUUGUUAGACGUGUUGGAACCAUUCGGUAGGUGGGGAAGAGGUUUUGAUUCCCGUUAGAAGAACUGCAGGUUUAUCUUCUCCAGGUUGUUUUCACUAGCUAUGUUUUUGUUCGUUUUUACUACUAUUUGCCAUUUGGACAUGAACCAUGUGCCUGAGAUAAUGGAGACACCAUUCCUACCUGCCAACGUAGCGUGGUCUCAGGUUGGCGUGGCUGCUGCGCAGCACGGUGUGCAUCUCCUGCAGGCCACCAGCAUUGUUCCCUGCUGCGGGAUCUCUGCUACUUAGGAAAACUUUCCCUUGGGGUGGCUGAUAACCAACAAUUACAGGGUUUACAGCACCUUGCCAUAGUUGCCAUCCGUCCAGGUGAGAAGGAUGGAUCAUCCUGAUUUAAAAAAAAAAAAAAAAAAAAAAAAGCUUCUUAUUUUUGCAUUUAGUAGCAAUUCCUGUGUUUGGUUCUGCUUUAGACAUAAUUUUUACAGAUGUUGGGUGGUAAUUUGGUAUGAGCAGAUCAACAUCUAACACGAUAUGUGUUGAAACCUUAAAACAUUGAGAAGAGAUAACAGAAGAGAAAUGGACUGUUGUUAACAAAAAUUGUACUUGAGGCUGAUGGGUCAUAAGGUGACUGUUACCUUUGCCGAAGAUGCUUACAGUAAAUAGUUACGUAAACUUCAGCCACAAACCAAAAACUUAUUCUCUUCCAAAAGUAAUAAAAAGGUGAACUUUUUUUGCUUUUAAAAUAGCAAACCACCCUUUACUAAAAUUAAUAGUAUUUCUUAUCGUCACUUUUUUUUUUAAAGACUUUCUAGUAUCUAUUAGAAAUGAAAUGCUUCCAGUGUUCGAAGACAGCUCUCUAAGAUCAUUGCUAAUUGAUACGUCUGGAAUGCUCCCUUAUUAGGGAAAAAAACCCUCAGGUUAUUUUUAACUUGAAGUGAAUGGUUCAUGAUACAGAUUCUAUAAACCUGUAUCUCAUUUAGGUUACUACUGCUUGUGCUUGAAAGAGUAUUAAGUGGAUCUGCUAGAGCUGGAAAGUCAUUGUGGGCUUGUGAGAUCACUUGUGUUAGGCUUUUAGGGGAGAGGUGGUUGGAUAUAUGAGGGAUGUUGAAGGUGAAAGGUGGCUGUGUCUGCCUGUAGGUAAGAGGCGAGUGGUGAGUGUUGUCUGCUCUCAGAGUGCCCAGGAAUGAAAGCUCUUCACAGCAGAGGAACUUCUUGGCAGUUUUGGAAAGCGCGUGCCCAUCAGCGUUAAGCAUUAGCUUCACAAACAAACCAUCUAGGAAGACUGUGCGUGCUCUCUAGGAUGAGAUGAAUAACUGAUUUUUUUCUCUGUAUAUGUAGGAUAGAAGUUACCAGUUGUCAGAAGAUGCCCAUUAGCAUUUUCAGAAUUGAAUUGGGAGGUUAUCUUUGCUCCAGCAUUUGAAGCAAGUUUGAGAAACAAAAUUUGUGCAUUGGAGAUGGACAAAACAGCAUCAGAUAUGCCUUUUGAGUAUCGAAGGUUCCUGAGUCAGACUGAAGACAGCAGUAGCUGAGGUGGAUUAAUGCUGGAAUGUAGUCAGGGAUUGGACCGUUGGGAGCUGUGCUUAGACAGAAAGGGAAAGAGCAGGAUAUGAUGCUUCUUCUAUGUCCGGGCUUUGGCCUCACACAGUAGGUGUAAUAUAAUCGCUGAGGUGGGCGUUCUGCAAGGAGAAUUAUUUUUGGAGGCUUUUGCAUGAAACUUGUCCAAUGAAUCUGAGACGCCCAAGCACCAAUAAUUUUGGAGGAAAAAGAUGGAGUAUUGCAUGCUGGGAACAAGUGCUUUCCAUAAGGUACAGCAGCAGCUCAUGAUGCCCCGUAAAGCUUUUCUUUCCCAGAAAGAAAAGCAGGCUCGUGCCAGGGAAAGAGAUAUGUUAAAAAAGAGGAGGAGGCGACAAGACUAUCUCAAAAGAAGCGUGGAGCCGCAGAAAAAUGCAGAAACAAUAAAAUGGCACAGGGAUGAAGAGAAGCGGAGAGAAAAUGAGCAAGUUAAGGACAAAGAUAUCAAGAAGCGGUGGAGACAGGAUGAGAGAGAACGACGAAAGAAUGUGGACGCUAUGAAUUGGCGCAGGGAAGAUGAGAAGAGGGAAAAUGAGCGAGAAACUAUGUUCCAGCUUCCUGUCAACAACCUUGGCAGUUUAAGAAAGGCCCGGAAAACUGUGAAAAAAAUACUUAGUGACAUUGGUUUGGAAUACUGUAAGGAACAUAUAGAAGAUUUUAAGCAGUUUGAACCUAAUGACUUUUAUUUGAAAAACACUACAUGGGAAGAUGUAGGAUUGUGGGACCCAUCGCUUACAAAAAAUCAGGACUAUCGGACAAAGCCCUUUUGCUGCAGUGCAUGUCCAUUUUCCUCGAAGUUCUUUUCAGCAUACAAAAGCCACUUCCGGAAUGUUCAUAGUGAAGACUUUGAAAAUCGGAUUCUCCUUAAUUGUCCUUACUGUACUUUCAAUGCGGACAAAAAGACUUUGGAAACGCACAUUAAAAUAUUUCAUGCUCCAAAUGCCAAUACACCGAGUGGAGGCAUCAGCACUUUUAAAGAUAAAACCAAACAUGAUAGCCUUAAACCUAAGCAGGCUGACAGUGUAGAACAAGCUGUUUAUUACUGUAAGAAGUGCACUUACCGAGAUCCUCUGUAUGAAAUAGUUAGAAAGCACAUUUACAGGGAACAUUUUCAGCAUGUAGCUGCUCCUUACGUAGCAAAGGGAGGUGAGAAGUCGCUCAAUGGUGCAGUUCCAUUAAGUUCCAGUACCCGGGAGGAGGGUAGUAUUCACUGCAAACGAUGCCUUUUUAUGCCGAAAUCAUACGAAGCUUUAGUACAGCAUGUUAUCGAAGACCACGAACGUAUAGGAUAUCAGGUAACUGCAAUGAUAGGUCACACUAAUGUAGUGGUUCCAAGAUCGAAACCUUUGAUGCUAAUAGCUCCAAAACCACAGGAUAAAAAGCCUAUGGGACUCCCUCAGAGGAUGGGUCCCCUUUCCCCUGGAAGUGUUCGAUCUCUUUCAUCCCAACAGAUGAUGAACAGACUCACUAUACCAAAGCCUACGUUAAAUUCCGCAGGAGUGAAUAUGAUGUCAAACGUUCACCUACAGCAAAACAACUACGGAGUCAAAUCAGUACCGCCAAGUUACGUUGGUCAGCCAGGGGGGAGGCUAAACUUAAGUGGUAAUGCACCAGUUUCUCUUUCACAGCAGUCUCAAACAAUGAAACAGUUUUCAAGUGGCAAUGGAAGGCCUUACACGCUUGGAGGCGAACAGAGAUCACAGGCCUCAGCAAGAUACUCUCUUCAGUCUGCCAAUUCGUCCUCUCUUUCAUCAGCCCAGCUGAAACAAACAUCAUUAUCUCAGUCACAGGCAGCUUCAAGAGUAUUAGGUCAGUCUGGCUCCAAAUCUCCGGUAGCUGCUACAGGUCCUUCUGCUGUCAAUACAUCAUCCACACAAAAGUGGAAAAUCUGUACAAUCUGUAAUGAGCUGUUUCCUGAAAAUGUGUAUAGUGUCCACUUUGAAAAGGAGCACAAGGCUGAAAAGGUGCCUGCAGUAGCUAACUAUAUAAUGAAAAUACACAAUUUCACUAGCAAAUGUCUAUACUGUAAUCGCUAUUUACCCACUGAUACAUUGCUUAAUCAUAUGCUAAUACAUGGUCUGUCUUGUCCGUAUUGCCGGUCGACCUUCAAUGAUGUUGAAAAGAUGGCUGCUCAUAUGCGAAUGGUUCAUGUUGAUGAAGAAAUGGGACCUAAGACUGAUUCCACUCUAACAUUUGAUUUGACGCUGCAGCAGGGCAGUCACACGAACAUCCAUCUACUUGUAACCACCUACAACUUGAGAGAUGCUCCUGCUGAAUCUGUAGCUUACCAUGCUCAGAAUACUCCCCCCGUUCCUCCCAAACCACAGCCGAAAAUGCAGGAGAAGUCUGAUGUACCUGUAAAAAGUUCCCCACAAGCAGCAGUUCCCUACAAAAAAGAUGUAGGGAAAACUCUCUGCCCUCUGUGCUUUUCAAUCCUAAAAGGACCCAUCUCUGAUGCACUUGCACAUCAUUUACGAGAGAGGCAUCAAGUUAUUCAGACAGUUCAUCCAGUUGAGAAAAAGCUAACCUACAAAUGCAUUCAUUGCCUUGGUGUAUAUACCAGUAACAUGACUGCCUCAACUAUAACGCUGCACCUUGUUCACUGCAGAGGUGUUGGGAAGACUCAGAACGGCCAGGACAAAGGUACUUCGUCAUCUCGGCUAGGCCAGUCUCCAGCUGUAGCACCUGUAAAACGUACUUACGAACACAUGGAGUUCUCCCUGAUGAAGAGAAGGAAAAUGGAUGAUGAUGACUCCCCCUCUGCCUUUGAGGAGAAGCCUGAAGAACCUGUAGUUCUAGCAUUGGACCCCAAGGGUCAUGAAGAUGAUUCCUACGAAGCCAGGAAAACAUUUCUCACAAAGUAUUUUAAUAAGCAACCAUAUCCCACUAGGAGAGAGAUCGAAAAGCUGGCUGCCAGUUUGUGGCUCUGGAAGUCUGAUAUCGCGUCUCACUUUAGCAACAAAAGGAAGAAAUGUGUUAGAGAUUGUGAAAAAUAUAAACCUGGUGUGUUGCUUGGUUUCAACAUGAAAGAACUAAACAAAGUUAAGCACGAAAUGGAUUUUGAUGCUGAAUGGCUGUUUGAAAACCACGAUGAAAAGAAUUCCAGAGUCAAUGUUAGUAAGACUGUUGACAAAAAAAUAAACAUAGAAAAAGACAAUGAAAGUUCCUCAGACAGCUAUGAGAAUAUAGAAGAGGAAUACAAUGAAAGCGGUAGUCCAUUUGGUCCACAUAUUUCUGACAUUGGUGGGAAAGCCUCUUCUGAUAGCACAGUGGAGAACCCAGACGACAGCAUAUCCAAGGAAAUCAUUGAAGAAAAUACUUUGCAGUCUCCAGAGAAGUCUGAUCAAAAACAAGAGGAAAGCUCUAAAUAUGAAGAGAUUUCUGCUGACGAGCCAACAAAACUGGUGGGUGAUGUUUCAGAUAGUGAAGGUGAUCAGGAUGAGCAAGAUGAUGCUGUUGAAUGGAAAGAUGGAGCUUCGCAGUCUGAAAGUGGGCCUGGUUCUCAGCAGGUUUCAGAUUUUGAAGAUAAUACAUCAGAAGUAAAACCAGAAGUGUGGACAGAUGAAUCCUCCCAAAGUGAAGAUGCUGGUAGCAGUAAACCGACUGUUGAGACAAAAGAGGGUGGAUCUGAAAGUGAUGAAGAACAGUCAAAGUGGAAGAAUCGUUCCUAUGGAAAAGUAGAAGAGUUUUGGUCUAAGGACCAGUCGCAAUGGAAAAAUGCAUCAGAGAUUGAGGAGAGCUUGUCCAAUCAGCAGAUGGAAUGGCAGAAUAGCACAAUUGACAGUGAGGACGGAGAUCAGUUUGACAGCGUGACUGACGGGGUAGCAGAACCAAUUCACAGCAGCUUAACCGGUGUGGAGCUGAGUAGCCAGCAAGCAUAAGCUGCUUGAUGCAGAAGUGUCAGUAAUACCCACUCUACAACUGUCUAAACACUUUCAUUUCAGUAUGACUGCUAAGCUUAAAUUCUAACUGGUACUGCCUUUCAAGUGCUAGGUCAUGGUGAGUGGUGUUUGAGGCCGCUGUUACUCCAGUGGUUCUGUAAGGAUGCUGUUGGCUAAUCUCGCUUGAGAAUACCUGCUGGGACGAGCACAGUAACUUAAUGUGAAAACAGAUAAGCCGGUGGCUCCAGAAUGCACACAGAGAAAAGCAGAGGUUUGUUUUAUCUGCAUUUUCAACAUUUAUUUCACUCUUGUACAUGUUCAGUUGUAUGUCUUUUUAAACAUUACCCUUUUUCACAUGGUAGUGUAGGGCCAACGUACAAACUACCAGUUCAACGUGUAUAGUAGACUAUGGGGAAAUUGAUUUUUUUCAUGUAUCAUUCUGAAUAGUUGAAAUGUAUAUUUGUACAGUCUUUUAGACCUAUUCAAGUGAAGCUUAUGAAAUUGUUCUUGUGUACCCAUCAUAGAUUUGUUUCUCUUUUUUAGUGUUGCCCUGCUGUGUAAUAAAUGCUGUAUCUAGUUUACCUAGCAAAAGCUUGAAACUGCUAUAGUAUGACUUUUGACAAACUUAGUUUUUGCACAUAACCUUGUACAAUCUCAAAAACAGAGGCCAGCAACAUAAAAUAUAUCUGGACUCUAUUGUAUUAUAGAAUUUUCUUGUUCUGAAUAUCCUUGACAUUACAACUGAUGAUAAACGUAUUUCAGAGCCAUUUUCUGAAAUCUUUUAAGCUAAAAAAGAAAAAUCACAUGCAAGAAACAAGUUUGCAGCUACUAAUUUUGACACCUUUUAGAUCUGUAUAAAAGUGUAUUGUGUUGAAGCAGCACACUGAAACAAAAGUGCUGUGUUUUGGAUAUUUAGUUUUAUCUUUAGUUAACACCAACAAGGUGUUGUAUUCAUUUAUACCAUCUAAUAUAUGACACACUGUUGUAGUAUGUAUAAUUUUGUGAUCUUUAUUUCCCUUUGUAUUCUUCAUUUAAGCAUCUAAAUAAAUUGCUGUAUUGUGCUUAAUGUAAAUAUUUGCUUUAUUACAUGCAAGUGCCACAUGCCUGUUUGGUAAAUCCCACAGUGCUACUUUUUUUUUUUUCCAUUGUCCAAAAAGUGCUCCACAGCUCUGCAGGAGCAUGUAUGUAUAGUAUUUUCUUACUGGAUAGACUGAUGUCUUCAAGGACAUUGAAAAAUCCUACAAAACUAACUUUGUCUGAAUUUGUCUUUAGCAUUCUAGAACACUACUUUAUAAAUAAAGUUAUAGUGGUUGUAGUUCUGCAUCCUUGA